UCCUGCUCAAGUGCUCCUGAAGGGGAGAUGCUACCGUUCUCGCCUCAGGACGAGCUCUGGAAUCAAGAAAUGGAGGUUUUCCGAGGCGGCGCGAGCAGCGGCGAGGUUCUUUAUCCUGAUUCUUCCAACCAGAACGGAGCUUCUCUCAGAGUUUUAGUCUUUCAAGAUGUCACACAGGUGGAUGGUCUUCAGAUUGUUGAUGAGCCGAUGGAAGAAGAAGCAGAUUCUUGCCAAGAUGAAGGAGUUGUUAAAGAAAUUCCUAUCACUCAUCAUGUUAAGGAAGGUUAUGAGAAGGCAGAUCCUGCGCAGUUUGAGUUGCUCAAGGUUCUUGGCCAGGGAUCCUUUGGAAAGGUUUUUCUUGUUCGGAAGAAGACCGGUCCUGAUGCUGGGCAACUCUAUGCAAUGAAGGUGUUAAAAAAAGCUUCUUUAAAAGUCCGAGACAGAGUUCGGACAAAGAUGGAAAGGGAUAUACUGGUGGAAGUAAAUCAUCCAUUUAUUGUCAAGUUACACUAUGCCUUUCAGACUGAAGGGAAGCUGUAUUUAAUACUGGAUUUUCUCAGGGGAGGAGAUGUCUUCACAAGAUUAUCCAAAGAGGUUCUGUUUACAGAGGAAGAUGUGAAAUUCUACCUUGCAGAACUGGCCCUUGCUUUGGAUCAUCUGCACCAAUUAGGAAUUGUAUAUAGAGACCUGAAGCCAGAAAACAUUCUGCUUGAUGAAAUAGGACAUAUCAAGUUAACAGAGAAUUUUGGACCAGUACACAUUAAAGAUUUUGGACUCAGCAAGGAAUCAGUAGAUCAAGAAAAGAAGGCUUACUCAUUUUGUGGUACAGUGGAGUAUAUGGCUCCUGAAAUAGUAAAUCGGAGAGGCCAUUCCCAGAGUGCUGAUUGGUGGUCAUAUGGUGUACUUAUGUUUGAAAUGCUUACUGGUACUCUGCCAUUUCAAGGUAAAGACAGAAAUGAGACCAUGAAUAUGAUAUUAAAAGCAAAACUUGGGAUGCCUCAAUUUCUUAGUGCUGAGGCACAAAGUCUUCUAAGGAUGUUAUUCAAAAGGAAUCCAGCAAAUAGAUUGGGUUCAGAAGGAGUUGAGGAAAUUAAAAGACAUCUUUUUUUUGCAAAUGUUGACUGGAAUAAAUUAUAUAGAAGAGAAGUUCAACCUCCUUUCAAACCUGCUUCUGGAAAACCAGAUGAUACCUUUUGUUUUGAUCCUGAAUUUACUGCAAAAACACCUAAAGAUUCUCCUGGUUUGCCAGCUAGUGCUAAUGCUCAUCAACUCUUCAAAGGAUUCAGCUUUGUUGCAACUUCUAUUGCGGAAGAAUAUAAAGUCACUCCUGUCACAAGUGCAAACGUGUUACCAGUUGUUCAGAUAAAUGGAAAUGCUGCACAAUUUGGUGAAGUAUAUGAAUUAAAAGAAGAUAUAGGUGUUGGCUCCUAUUCUGUUUGCAAGCGAUGCAUUCAUACAGCUACCAACAUGGAAUUUGCAGUGAAGAUCAUUGACAAAAGUAAGAGAGAUCCCUCAGAAGAAAUUGAAAUUUUGAUGCGCUAUGGACAACACCCUAACGUCAUUACUUUAAAGGAUGUUUAUGAUGAUGGUAGAUAUGUUUACCUUGUUACGGAUUUGAUGAAAGGAGGAGAACUACUUGACCGUAUUCUCAAAAAAAAAUGUUUCUCAGAACGGGAAGCUAGUGAUGUACUGAUUGUAAUAACUAAGACAGUUGACUAUCUUCAUUGUCAAGGAGUUGUUCAUCGUGAUCUUAAACCUAGUAAUAUUUUAUAUAUGGAUGAAUCAGGCAAUGCAGACUCCAUUAGAAUCUGUGAUUUUGGGUUUGCAAAACAACUUCGAGGAGAAAAUGGACUUCUUUUAACUCCAUGCUACACUGCAAACUUUGUAGCACCUGAGGUUCUUAUGCAACAGGGCUAUGAUGCUGCUUGUGAUAUUUGGAGCCUGGGUGUUCUUUUUUACACAAUGCUGGCUGGCUAUACUCCAUUUGCUAAUGGCCCCAAUGAUACUCCUGAAGAGAUACUGCUACGUAUAGGCAAUGGCAAGUUCUCAUUGACUGGUGGAAACUGGGACAAUAUUUCAGAUGGAGCAAAGGAUUUGCUCUCCCAUAUGCUACAUAUGGACCCACAUCAGCGGUACACUACAGAACAAGUAUUAAAACACUCGUGGAUAACCCACAGAGACCGCUUGCUGAAUGAUCAGCCAAAUAGAAAUGAUACAUCAGAUGUCAUUAAGGGAGCAGUGGUCACCACAUAUUCUGCCCUGACUCACAAGACCUUUCAACCAGUCCUUGAGCCUGUUGCUGCUUCAAACUUAGCUCAACGACGGAGCAUGAAAAAACGAACAUCAACUGGCCUGUAAGAUUUCUAGUUGUUCCUCAGCCGUCCUGGAUAAAGUAAAAAUUAACUGUGGCUUUUUUCCUAAUCUUAUAUCAAAAGCAUCAUAUUCUGCUACAUAACUUGAAUAUUCUGUUUAAACCUCCUCUUUUAGGGAGAUUAAAAAAAAAAAAACACAGGUCCACAGUAGACAUACAAUAUUGUUUUGUAGUAGUGCCCAAGUGUUUAAGUAUAUAAUUGGUGUCUACAAAGUCUAACAAUUUUUCUGCACACUAACUUGUAAAGUUCCUUUCAAAUAAAGUUACUUUGUUAGUUUUCUGGUCUCAUAAAAUAAUGAUUUGGGGAAUCAUUACCAAUAAUCAGGAUGCAAAUAUAAUAGCAUAAUGCCAAGCAAUGCCAAUUAUUUUUUAACACCAGAUCCUGAAGAAUAGGCUUUUUAAAAAAGAAAAACAAACGAGAAGUGUAUUGUAUAAGCUUGUUAUUGUGUACAACCAAAGGACUACAUUCAUUUGUGCUAAUAUAUGAACUCCUGAUAUGGUUGGUGCCAAAGUUUUUACAGAACUAAUUCACAAAUUAUGUGUGCAGACAGGCCUGUAUAUUGCCCAUAAAUGUCCUUAUCUAGAAAUAGUGGUUUCUAUAAGUCCUCUGUAAAUAUGACAUCUAAGGGAAUUUUAGUGCAAUUGAGGAAUUUUUUAGACAAAGGCUUUAUGUUGGUGUUGUAAUCUACUAAGUGGGUUAUAGUUAAGCCUUUGAAAAUAAAAUACAUGUGUUGCUACUACCUUCGUGACACAUGGGCUGGGUUUCAAGUUAAUCAGUUGGAUUUAAUCAUCUGUCCCUUUUAUAAUACGCUACACUGUUGUUUUUUGGACUUCCAAAAUUGAAUUACAAUAUAGCAUAUUAAUUUACCUUGAAUUCUAUGGCAAUAUAGUUUAAACUUUAUUGUAGUGGACUUAGCACACAUGAUACAGCAAAAUGCAUUUCAGUAAAGUUUAGACAAUGCUACAAAGAGAUAAACUGACAUUUUGAAAAGGAAGCAAUAUUAAUGAUUAACACAAAAUCUAAACACAUUUUUAAUCGUAUUUAUAAAAAAAAGUCUGACAGAUUCGCUCUUGUUAUUAAAUUUAUGACUCAGAACCACUGGGUAAUAUAUAUUGUUUUCUCUAAAUGAUGGAAUUUUAAAGAAUCUUUUCAUGUUGUUGAAGAAAAUACCAUUACUACUACUAUUACUACUACUACUGACAGAAAUUCAUGAAUGUAAACUGGAGGAUAUUACAGUUUUGUUUAGCGAAUAUAAGUGAACUAUUUGUAUGUGCUAAAUGUACUAUCUGCUGUGUGUUUUAUUUUGUUUAAUUCAGAGAGAAAGUUAAUUACUGAGCACUGAAGUAUACAAUUCAGGCUAGAAAACUUGUAACUUCAGUGUUCAAUAAAGAAACUAUACGUAUUCUCUUCAAAAUGCAAGUGAUAUAUAUUCCAUGUACAAAAAUCUGUUUAUUGAGUGUGAUGUAUAAAAGUAUAUACCCUCAAUUUGAAAUGUCUUCUUGCAAUAAUUGAAAGACAUUAAAAAAAACAUCUAAUGCCACAUGGAAACAGUACUUAGAAAUAGACUGGUAUCAUAUCUUGUGGAUUUUUAUUUCCCAGUUUGGCCUUUUCUUUCCUCAUUUUGCUUUAUUACUAGAAGUACUUGCAUGUCACAAUUUGUGUCCAUAUCAUCUGACUUACUUUCCUCUUGUCAUCUUGUUUGUGCUGUUAUGCUUCUUCUUAUCAGAAUUAAUAUGACAAACUAAGAGGUAUGAUUUUGGUGUUGAACUUUUCAGAACAGAGAUACUAUUUCCAUGUAAGCUUUUCUAGUAAUAGCAUUAGGGUAAGUGAAAUUGGAAAGUGAAAAAUUAUCACAAAAUAACUUUCAGUCUUUCCAUAAUCAGUAGUUUUUAAAAAUAGCUGAUGUAUACCUAAUGUUUCAAUGAGGUUACUGAAGGGUAAUAUCAUAUAGUUCAUUCAUGAAAGGAACAUGGAAUUAAGCAAUGAACAACUUGAUUCUUCAUUGCUCAGUGAGGACUGACAAAUUAUAAAAGACACAGAUAUGCUCAUGUAUUUUCCCAGUAAUUGCAUAAAUGAUUUCUGCUGGAAAGCUCAAAGUAGGUUAAAAACAGUCAUAGGGACAACCCUAUUAUAAGGAAGUCUUCAAACCAUAUACCCUCAUUUUGUAGAAGGAAUCCAUGUGGGGAUGCCUCAUCAUGUCCGUUUUGGCUAGAGCAAAAAAUGCAGAUAUGAAUGGGAGCUUUUUGGGUGGGGCUUCUAUAAAUGCUUAACCACUGGAACAAAUCCUUUCUAUAAAAUUUGAAGAUAUUAUGGUUUUUAAUGGAGUCAUAAAUAAUUAAUUUGCAUUGCUUUUCUUUCUAGUUGAUGGUUCUUGCUAGUAUUUAAUGAUAGCACAAUUUGGAGUUUUUAUUGUUCUGGAAGGAAGAGGAUAUUAUAUUUUUUUUCCUCAAAGGGAAAACACCAGCUUUGCCCAGAUAGACUAAUACUAAAUUUAUUAUCCUAAAGCACAUAUUAUCAUGAAUAAAGGCAGGAAACCAUUGGUAAGAUAAUUAAGAUGUAGGGGUGGUGAUUUUGUGGAGGAAAAUUAUUUCAGUUAUUUCAUGAAAAUCAACCUUGAGCCUAUUUUGUUAGACCCAGAAAUGCCUAAGCUUUAAUUUUUGUAAUUUGUUGCCAUCGGUAAUUACAAAUGGUAAAACAUUUUGAUAGACCCCUGGUUAACCCAAAGGGAUUUCUUAUGUGUAGGCAACGCACAAACUUAAGAACAGAUGCUUGGUGUUUCCAACAUCUCCUCACCAGAGCAUCAUGUUAAGAUAGUACUGUCCGUAGAAGGUCACUCAUACUGAUUGAAUAGUAUUUUCCUGAUAGUAUGAGGCCCUUCAUAUAUGAAAAAGGAAGACUUCUUAACUUGGCCUUAAGAUCAACUAGAAAGUUUAGGAUUUAAACUAGGCAAAGUGUGUCUGUGGCAUUCUGUAUAUUCUCUUUCCCUGGCUUUCCAGUCCCCACAUGCUGUCCUACUCGUGGACCUCAGAGAGGACUCCAUGAUUAAAGCUUAGUCCAGAAGAAUUCUCUGCCCCAAAGCACCUCACACCCUUCCCCUUCCUCAAAUCAGAACUUCCAUUCUCACAGAGCAGCUGUAUUCAGCUAAAAGGAUAAAAGGAGAGUGAUGUCAUUUAAGUUCUCCCUUUUUUUUUUUUUUUUUUUUUUUUUGGUCAGUAGCUAAUAAAUAAUUGGCAUUUUUCAAGGAAGAUGUCCAUUAAUCUAAUGAAUUUCCACUUGCUGGAUUUUUAGGCAAUCUAACCAGACGAGAACAACCCUAUCAGUUAUUAUCAGGGAAAAUAUUUCUGGACAAGGAAUUUAUGCAGUAUGCCCCAGGAUCAGAUUAUCUCAUAAACUGCUGCAUUGGUGCACUGCUUCAUCCUUUCUACUCCUGGAUAUACCUUUUUUCCUCCAAGAAACUUCCAAGCUCUUUAAUCACAAUGAACUUAUGUGAUAGAAUGGUGUGCAGGGAGAUAGUUGUCAAGUGCGUAUUUGUCUGCAUUCUUAUUCCUCUUAGUACGUAGCCUGUAAUGUAAGGAAUCUCCAGCUCUACCAGCCUCUCUUCCUCUAUUCCUAUCGUCCUGCUACACAAGAACAUGGAGCAGCUGAAUGCAAGCCACCAGUAGAGUCCAAGUCUGCAGACCCUCUGUCUACAUUUCAGGACACAGAGAGCCUCAGUCCUCCCACAUGAAUGCAAGCUGUAUUAACUCAACUGCAGUUAAACUCCUUUAGAACAGUUUCUUAGAUUUCAAAACUUACUAGGUAUGUUUGGUGUGUAUCUCAAUACAAUGAUUGCUGAAAUUAGCACCACUCAGGAGUGUGCUGUCCACCCUCCUGUCCAGAGUGCAGGCCACUGAUGGACUGUUUUAUUCAUAACAAUACAGUGAAGUCAUCUGAAUAAAAUGAUAAUGCUUGAUCACCUCAAAUUCAGUUUAGUUGCUAAUACUUGAAUGUAUGUUAGUCCUAAAUUUUAAGAAUAAGUUUCUUUGAAAUGUGAAGAAAAAUACAAAGGGAAAGUAUUUUGAAAAUACAGAAAUUCAAGUUUGUUUGCAUAUAUUCCACAAAUUAUGUACCUUUUGAUCAACCAGCAAGAAAUCUUAGCUAAAUGCUUAUAAAUAAACAUCUCUAUGACUGGCAAGGUAGGAUAUGUUCUAUAUUCACAUUUCUAAACCUUGGACAAUAGGACUUCUUUGGAUUACUGUUUAGCUUUCAAACUAUUUGUCUAAUUAUGUGAACUAAUUUACUCUUCAAAGGGUAUUAAACAUCUAAUUUUAUGUAGAACAGUUCCUAGAGAACAUACUAAGUGCUUUAGUUUAUUAAUAAAUUGUCAUAAUGUGACCAAAUGGAUUUAUUUGCUUUUUUCUUUCCUAACAAACUAGUAUUACUCAGAUCACAUUUUAGUUCUCUUUUCAAAUUCACUCUGAAAUUGAUACCACUAAUAGCAAAAAAUGUAAGUUUGUCUUUGAGUAUAAUAAAAUCAUUUGUAACAUCACAAAAGCAUUCUAGCAAAAAAAUCCAUUUUAAAAGUUAUAUAAGAAAACUUAAUUAUCCAAAUGCCAGCAUGGUUUGGAAAUGAGAAUUUAUUUUGCAUCAAAUUCCACAGUACAAAAAAAGAGAGUGUGGUUUUUCUGUAUUUGAUUAAAUAAAAAAACAAAACAGCAAUUACUGUUGGUAGUUGUGAGUUAUAUAAGGUUUAUGCGGAAAGAAUAAAGUUUGGGGCUAUCCUUAACAAUAAAAAAUUGCCUUGCCAGCACUUCCCAUAUACUUUGGGAUUCCUAAACUUAAUUUCUGAUAUAGAAAACAUAUUUACUGGCAUUUUAUUACACUUCUCAAGGCAGAAAUUGUGUUAAGUGGAAAUUGUGUGUACUUAAAAACUUAAAAGUUGCAAUUAAAAAAAAAAGGUCCCAGUUGUUCAGAUAACUGUAUUUUCUUUCUCUGGCUACAUUAUGGAAUUUAUACCAUCAUUUAUUUUAUAAAUGUUUUAUUUAAAGCACUAUUUCUUUUGACAUUAUCGUUUUCAUUGUACUUUUUUCCCUGUAAGACCAAACCUCGUAGUGCAUUUUACAGUGUUUCUUUCCCUCACAGUGCUGCUAAAGAAAUGGCUAUCAUUUUGAACUUACAACAUGCCAAAGAUGGACAUAGAAAUUAUAUUUAUUUUUGUUCUUGUUAAAACUCUGUGAGCAACAUUUAUCACAAUAUCAUGUUAAAUUACUGGCAUUCUCUGGGCACUAAAUAAAAAGGCUGCAACUUUCUAACA